CCGAGGAGGCAGCCAGCAGAUUAAACACCUCCUGUGAGCGUCUACUUGGCGCUGACCGAGCAACGAAACUCCUGAGGAGAGGAGACUUUUAUCAUGACAACACGAAAACCCCGCGGAAGAACACCGAGCUGAGGAGUCAUGCUGCACACGUUGACUUUUUAGAGACGACAACCAUGAGAUCUGGAGGUUGGAGCGAGGCGACGUCCGCGCCACAACAUGAGCCAGCUUCAAACUAGCGGUGCGCACUAGUUGUGUGGAUCCGAGAGACUGUCAACAAACCGGGGAUGAUCCUCCUUUAAAACCUGCUUCCUUCAGCUGUGGUUAUCGAACGUGUCAUUGAUGCAAAGUGUUGCGCGCAACGAUGGCGACGACCCCUGCGCACCCGGAGACCAGGAAAUUUACGCGUGGUCUGGGUAAACCCGGCACCGCGGCUGAGCUCAGGCAGAGCGUCUCGGAGGUGGUGAGGACGUCCGUGCUGAUUGUGAAACCCAAGGUGAUCGAGCCACUGGACUAUGAAAAUGUGCUGGUGCAAAGAAAGACACAGAUCCUCAGCGAUGUCCUCAGAGACAUGCUGCAGUUCCCCCUGGAGGACUUCGAGAUUUCGACUUUGAGGAGGCAGGGGAGAACGCUCUACCCCACAGUGCCUGAAAACGCAGAGAGAGGAGCCCAGAGUUUGUUUGUCCAAGAGUGCAUCAAGACCUACAAGUCUGACUGGCAUGUGGUCAACUACAAGUAUGAGGACUAUUCAGGGGACUUUCGACAGCUUCCACACAAAGUAUCGCGGCCUGACAAACUGGCGGUCCAUGUGUUUGAAGUGGACGAGGACGUUGACAAAGAUGAGGACACGGCCUCGCUAGGGUCCCAGAAAGGUGGGAUCACCAAACAUGGCUGGCUGUACAAAGGCAACAUGAACAGUGCCAUCAGCGUCACCAUGAGGUCAUUCAAGAGGAGGUAUUUCCAUCUAACCCAGCUCGGGGACGGCUCGUACAAUUUAAACUUCUACAAGGACGAGAAGAUCUCCAAAGAGCCCAAAGGAACCAUCUUCUUGGACUCCUGCAUGGGUGUGGUUCAGAACAACAAGGUUCGGAGGUUUGCCUUUGAGCUGAAGAUGCAGGAUAAGAGCACAUACCUGCUGGCUUCAGACAGCGAGGGAGAGAUGGAGGACUGGAUCAACACCCUCAACAAGAUACUGCACAGCAGCUUUGAAAUCGCCAUGCAGGAGAAGCGGAAUGGAGACGUUCAUGAUGAUGAUGAUCUUGGAAAGUCAGACAGCUCCUCUGGCAGCAUGGACAGCUUUCAGAGCACCAGAGAGAUAGAGUCCAGGAUGAGGAGCGAGACCAGAUUGAAGCUGUUCACCUUGGACCCUGACACACAGAAACUCGACUUCUCAGGAAUAGAACCGGAUGUGAAGCAGUUUGAGGAGAAGUUUGGCAAACGUGUUUUGGUGAACUGCAACGACCUCUCGUUCAAUCUGCAAAGCUGCGUGGCCGAAAACGAAGAAGGGCCGACGACCAACGUGGAGCCCUUCUACGUCAAUCUCUCACUGUUUGACAUCCAGAAUGGGAGGAAGAUCUCCUCUGACUUCCACGUGGACUUGAACCACCCGUCUGUGCGGGGCAUGGUGCCCAGUAACAUCAGCCAGUACAUGAACGGAGGAGGGGACGCCCACCCUGAGGGGCCCCGGUUGGUCCAUGGGGUGCCGGAGGCAGCCAUGCACUAUCCUAGACAGGGGGUGUUCUCAGUAACAUGUCCUCACCCAGAUAUCUUCCUGGUGGCUCGUAUAGAGAAGGUGCUUCAGGGAGGAAUCAACCACUGUGCCGAGCCGUACAUGAAGAGUUCAGACUCCACCAAGGUGGCACAGAAGGUCCUGAAAAAUGGCAAGCUGGCAUGUAGCCGGUUAGGCCAGUACAAGAUGCCUUUUGCCUGGGCAGCAAGGCCUUUGUUCAAAGACGCUUCAGGGACGCUUGACAAAAGUGCCCGUUUCUCAGCUCUGUACAGACAGGACAGCAACAAGCUGUCCAACGACGACAUGCUCAAGCUGCUGGCUGACUUCAGAAAGCCAGAGAAGAUGGCCAAGCUGCCUGUAAUCCUCGGAAACCUUGAUGUUACAAUCGACAGCGUAGCCCCUGACUUGACAAAUUGCGUUACCUCAUCCUACAUUCCUGUGAAGCAGUUUGACUUGGGCGAGAAGAGCAGCGUCUUCUUCGAAGUGGAGGAGUUUGUGCCGUGCAUAGCCAAAUGUUCUCAGCCUUUCACCAUCUACAACAAUCACCUCUACGUGUACCCGAAGCACUUGAAGUACGACAACCAGAAGUCUUUCGCAAAGGCUCGAAACAUCGCUGUCUGCAUUGAGUUCAAGGACUCCGAUGAAGAAGAGGCUGUUUCACUGAAGUGCAUCUACGGUCGACCCGGAGGACCAUUGUUUACCAAGAAUGCCUUUGCUGCUGUCCUGCAUCACCAGCACAACCCUGAAUUUUAUGAUGAGUUCAAGAUUGAGCUGCCGACGCAGCUCCAUGAGAAACACCACCUGCUCUUCACCCUCUACCACGUCAGCUGUGACAGCAACAGCAAGGCCAGCACCAAAAAGAGAGAACUGGUUGAGACGCAAGUGGGUUAUGCCUGGCUCCCCUUGCUGAAGGACGGCCGAGUGAUCAUGAAUGAGAGUCAGAUCCCUGUGGCUGCCAACCUGCCGGCUGGAUACCUCAGCAGUCAGGAGGGAGCUGGCAAGCAUGGGUCAGGUCCUGAAGUCAAGUGGGUGGAUGGAGGGAAGCCUUUAUUCAAGGUGUCCACUCACCUUGUUUCCACUGUCUACACUCAGGAUCAACAUUUACACAAUUUCUUUCAUCACUGUCAGAGCAUCACGUCUGCAGCCCAGGCUUCAGGAGGAGAGCUGGUCAAAUACCUGAAGAGUCUUCACGCCAUGGAGAGUCAUGUGAUGAUCAAGUUCCUGCCCACCACCCUGAAUCAGCUGUUCAGGGUGCUCACCAGUGCCACCCAAGAGGACGUGGCAGUCAACGUCACCAGAGUCAUGAUUCACAUUGUUGCCCAGUGCCAUGAGGAGGGGUUGGAACAUUAUCUGAGAUCAUACGUUAAGUUUGUAUUCAAGACUGAGCCGUUCACGUCGUCCACCGCCCGAUCAGUGCACGAGGAGUUGGCCAAAGCCAUGACCGCCAUCCUGAAGCCUUCCACUGACUUCCUCACGAGUAACAAACUGCUGAAGUACUCCUGGUAUUUCUUUGAAGCCUUAGUCAAGUCCAUGGCUCAGUACUUGAUUGAGAGCUGUAAAGUGAAGUUGUCCAGGAAUCAGCGCUUCUCUGCAUCUUUCCAUCACACGGUGGAGACAUUGGUCAACAUGAUGAUGCCACACAUCACACAGAAGUACAAAGACAACCUGGAUGCCGCCAGGAAUGCCAACCACAGUCUGGCUGUCUUCAUCAAGCGUUGUUUCAACCUGAUGGACAGAGGCUUUAUGUUCAAGCAGAUCAACAACUACAUCAACUGUUUUAUGCCUGGAGACCCAAAGACGCUCUUUGAGUUCAAGUUUGAGUUCCUGCGUGUGGUGUGCAACCACGAGCACUACGUCCCCUUAAACCUGCCCAUGCCAUUUGGAAAGGGAAGGAUACUGAGAUUUCAAGCUUUAUUAUCUCCAUAUGACACAGUGGAGUCAUACGAUACUCCAGUAGACCUUCAGCUGGAUUACUCGCUGACAGACGACUUCUGUAAGAACCACUUCCUGGUCGGGCUGCUGCUCAGAGAGGUCGGUGCAGCUCUGCUGGAGUUCAGGGAGAUUCGUCAGGUUUCCAUCCAGGUGUUGAAGAACCUGAUGGUCAAACACACGUUUGAUGACCGCUACACCUCCAAGAGCCAACAGGCCAGGAUGGCCACCCUGUACUUGCCCUUGUUUGGUCUUCUACAGGAGAACGUGAACAGGCUGAAUGUGAAGGAAGUAACUCCUUUCCCCAUCAACCACUCCAACAAUAACGGAAGAGAAGAGUCACUCUUUACCAAUGCGUUGAUGACUCCUCCCAGAUCCAGCACCUUCCUGGACACCAGCUUACACAAAGAUGUGUUUGGAGUCAUCUCAGGCACCGCUUCCCCUCACACGUCAUCCACCCCCAACAUCAGCUCUGUGCGCCACGCAGACUCUCGCGGCUCCCUCAUCAGCACCGACUCGGCCAACAGCCUGCAUGAGAAGAACAUGGACAAGGGAAACUCUCUGGACAAGAACCAGGCUGCCUCCACCCUGGGCAGCCCCCUGCUGCGAUGUGACAAACUGGACCAGGCAGAGAUCAAGAGCCUCCUCAUGUGUUUCUUACAUGUGCUUAAAAGCAUGUCUGAGGAUGCUCUGUUCACUUACUGGAACAAGGCCUCAUCUGCUGAGCUAAUGGACUUCUUCACUCUCGUCGAAGUUUGCCUCCAUCAGUUCAGAUACAUGGGGAAGAGAUACAUCGCAAGGAACCAGGAAGGGGCAGGACCCGUAGCUCAUGAGCGGAAGUCUCAGACUCUGCCUGUGUCCCGUAACAGGGCAGGAAUGAUGCAUGCCCGCUUACAGCAGCUCAGCAGCCUGGAUAACUCAUACACUUUUAACCACACUUACAGUCACUCGGAUGCUGACGUGUUGAAUCAGUCGUUGCUGGAAGCUAACAUCGCCACUGAAGUGUGCCUGACUGUCCUGGACACUCUCAGUAUCUUCAUCAUGAGUUUCAAGACUCAGCUGUGCUCGGACCACGGCCACAGUCCACUGAUGAAGAAGGUGUUUGAAGUCCACCUCUGUUUCCUGCGAAUCAAUCAGUCAGAGACGGCCCUCAAGCAGGUCUUCACCUCCCUGCGCACCUUCAUCUACAAGUUUCCCUGCACAUUCUUCGAGGGCCGUUCUGACAUGUGUGCCGCGUUCUGCUACGAGAUCUUGAAGUGUUGUAACUCCAAGCUGAGCUCCAUUCGCAGCGACGCAGCCCAUCUGCUGUACUUCCUCAUGAAGAGCAACUUUGACUACACGGGUCGCAAAUCCUUUGUCCGGACACACUUACAGGUGGUGAUCGCUGUCAGUCAGCUGAUCGCUGACGUCAUUGGUAUUGGAAGUACCCGCUUCCAGCAGUCUCUGUCAAUCAUCAACAACUGUGCCAACAGUGACAAGACAAUUAAAAACACGGCGUUCCCGUCGGAUGUGAAGGACCUGACCAAACGCAUCAGGACCGUUCUGAUGGCCACGGCUCAGAUGAAGGAGCACGAGAGGGACCCGGAGAUGCUGGUGGACCUGCAGUACAGCCUGGCCAAGUCGUAUGCCAGCACACCCGAGCUACGCAAGACCUGGCUGGACAGCAUGGCCCGAAUCCACGUGAAGAAUGGAGACUUGUCAGAGGCGGCAAUGUGCUACGUGCACGUUGCAGCGCUCGUGGCAGAAUACCUGCGGAGAAAAGGCAUGUUCAAGCAGGGCUGCUCAUCUUUCCGUGUCGUGACUCCAAACAUCGAUGAAGAAGCAGCCAUGAUGGAGGAUGUCGGCAUGCAGGAUGUCCAUUUCAAUGAAGAUGUCCUAAUGGAGCUUUUGGAGGAGUGUGCGGACGGACUGUGGAAAGCCGAGCGUUACGAGCUCAUCUCCGACAUCUACAAGCUCAUAAUCCCCAUUUAUGAGAAGCGCAGGGACUUUGAGAAACUGGCGCACCUGUAUGACACGCUGCAUCGUGCAUACAGCAAGGUUACAGAGGUCAUGCACACGGGCAAGAGGCUGCUGGGCACCUAUUUCAGAGUGGCUUUCUUUGGACAGGCAGCGCAGUACCAGUUUACUGACUCUGAUGCUGAGGGCUUCUUUGAAGAUGAAGACGGGAAAGAGUACAUCUACAAAGAACCCAAAUUCACCCCCCUGUCUGAAAUAUCUCAGCGGCUGCUCAAACUCUACUCUGACAAGUUCGGCCAGGAGAACGUGAAGAUGAUUCAGGACUCUGGAAGGAUUAAUCCCAAAGACUUGGAUUCAAAGUAUGCAUACAUCCAAGUGACACAUGUGACUCCUUACCUGGAAGAGAAGGAGCUGGUGGACAGGAAGACUGACUUUGAAAAGAGCCACAACAUCCGUCGUUUUGUGUUUGAGAUGCCAUUCACCAUAUCGGGCAAAAAGCAAGGCGGUGUGGAGGAGCAGUGCAAACGCAGGACUAUACUAACCACCACACAUUGCUUCCCAUAUGUAAAGAAACGUAUCGCAGUGAUGUAUCAGCACCACACUGACCUGAGCCCCAUCGAGGUGGCCAUCGAUGAGAUGAGCAAGAAGGUGGCUGAGAUCAAGCAGCUCUGCUCCUCCAGUGAGGUGGACAUGAUUCGCCUGCAGCUCAAACUGCAGGGCAGCAUCAGUGUUCAGGUAAAUGCAGGGCCGCUUGCAUAUGCCCGAGCUUUUCUGGAUGACACGAGCGCCAAAAAAUAUCCUGAUAACAAGGUCAAACAGUUGAAAGAGGUCUUCAGGCAUUUUGUGGAGGCGUGUGGCCACGGCUUAGGCAUUAAUGAGCGGCUAAUCAAAGAGGACCAACAGGAGUACCAAGAUGAGAUGAAAGCCAACUAUAGAGACUUUGCCAGAGAGCUGUCCAUCAUCAUGCAUGAGCAAAUCAGUCCUGUGGAAGAUGGCAUGAAGAGCGUUCUUCCAGACUCGCUUCACAUCUUUAACGCUAUCAGUGGCACGCCAACCAGCGCCACCAUCCAGGGCAUCCCCAGCUCUUCCUCUGUGGUGUGAUGCUGAGCUGGGUUAACUUUGGCCUCAGCGCCCCCUACACCAGACAUGCCUGUGAAUCCACAUGGUCACUUCUAAAGUCUCUUCUGUCGGCUCAAAGAGAAACCGACAAAGGCACAGACAAAUCUAACUCUCCUCAGUGUACCAUGACCAAGGCACUGGAUCUUUUUAAUUCAUGCAGUAGGCGUGGCUACUGGAUGUGCUCGGUAUGGCCAAUUUCAUUUUCCUCGACAAACAUUUUGGUUGAGGCAUGAGCCUUGAGGCGGCUGAGCAGGAGACCCUGCGUCAUCACCACGCGUGACAAACCUGUUGUCUCCUUCACCCGUUUGUACCUGAGAAGACUGAGCAGUCUUUCCACAGAGAAAUUCACGUUGGGCUCUUCCAUAUGCAUGUCAUUACAAUACACCCUCUCAACAGCCUAUUGUUCUGGUUAUUUUGAUAAUGUUACACAUUGUGUUUUUUAUGUGCAGUAUUCCACUUUUAUAAGCCACUGUAUUGAUGUCUUGAUGAACAGUAUAGGCUGCAUACAUCGAUGCUCAUCUACCUGCACAUAAAGUUCUGUUUCUACCGGUCUGCAAAUUUGAAAAAGGGCCUCCUGUGUUUAGUAUUCAACAUUAAAUCACUACAAUGUCUUAGAGCGGGAGAGUUUUUAAAAAUAUUUAAAGCCAUUGCAUACAAAAAAGUAUAUUCCAAGUUGUUAUUAAUGUAUAUAAAAAAAGGAGUGCGUGCAAUAUUUGCAAAGUAUCUUGCUGUGUGGGGCUUAUACACUGUAAAGACAUGUUCACCUUCUUGCCAAAGCGACGAGGUGCGGAACCAAAAACUUUGCCUACUGUGGGAGUGAUAUGAAGCUUUUACCGUUGUAGUGUUCAAAUGUUCCAAAAAAAAUUUUAUAUUUGGACUACGAUGGUUUUAUAAACAUUUUAUUUAACACAAAUUCAUUGUUCUGCUGUAAACAGAUGUUCCUUUAUGCUUUUCUUUUAAAUAAAAUGCACUCAUUUC